CAACACAUACUACAGAUUUCUCGCCGUAUGCGUGACAAUUGUAACUUCCGGUCCACAACGAAGCUAUGCAGCCGCAAAUCUUAUUUCGCGAGCACGAGCGAGCAGCGCCUAUACCAGUGGAUCGGUCAUCCUAAUCGUGCGCCAUUGAGUUCACCACACCGCAAACCCCACUCCGUCAUCGUUCAAUCGUUCAACCUGCAUCGUUCACUCCGCAGAUCGAGCGAAUUCGCUUCUCCUCGCGUAGGCCGCGCUCGCUCAUCAAAAUUAAACGAGCCCCUGGCCCCCAACUCCCUCUUACCAUUCACUUCACUAGACCGGCACUUGGUCAUGUACUGGUUCUCACAACUCAGUUUGCGGUCUGGAUGUCAGCAGCUAUAUCCAUGA